AAAACCAGGUGGCAGCACUUGGCCAAGAAUGCCGCAUUUUUUACGUAAAACUUAUUUUCCGUAAAUGCAACAAGUUUUCCGUGCCUCCCAACUGGAUAAAUUACAAUCUUUGUAGCUGAUAUACUAACUGACUACUAAACGAAGCCGUAUCAGCAUCAGGACCAUGAUCUACACCACCACGCUGAUGUCCUCGCGCGGCGGCCUCAUCGGCUCGCUGAUCAACAAAGUCAGGCAAGUUGUAGCCAAAGAUCGGCCACCAAGUGCUCCGUCUAUAGCCAAUGACACCGACCACAGACCCCUAACAUCCCCCAGGCCCCUCGCCGUCGCCAGCAUCAGUAAUUCCCCGGUGGUCCAGUCGAAAACGCUGGAGGAGCAGGUGGGCCUGCCGCCGCGACCAAAGAAACCUCUGACUCCCUAUUUCCGCUUUAUGAGGGAGCAGCGGCCCAAGCUGAAGGCCUCCAAUCCGCAGAUCACCACCAUCGAGGUGGUGCGCCAGCUGUCCAAGAACUGGUCCGACGCGGAUGCCCAGCUGAAGGAGCGCCUGCAGGCCGAGUUCAAGCGGGACCAGCAGAUCUACCUGGAGCAGCGCACCAAGUACGAUGCCACGCUCACCGACGAACAGCGGGCCGAGAUCAAGCAGCUCAAGCAGGACCUUGUGGACGCCAAGGAGCGCCGUCAGCUGCGUAAGCGGGUCAAGGAGCUGGGCCGCCCCAAGAAGCCCGCCUCCGCCUUCCUGCGCUUCAUAGCCAGCGAACGCACCAACACCCCGCAGGGAGCCAAGCAAACCUACCGCGAGUGGCACCAGAAGACCACGGCCAAGUGGACCCGCCUGUCCGACUCCGAGAAGGAGGUCUACAUGCAGGAGUCGCGCAAGGAGAUGGAGCUCUACAGAAAAGCGAUUUCCGUUUGGGAGGAGAAGAUGAUCCGCCUGGGCCACAUCGACGUGGUGCGUCAUGGCAACCUUAUCGACCCGCCUGAGCCAAAGCCCCGCAAGACGCAGGCCCCCAAACAGAAAUUGUAAUAGCUGCUGGGCCCACUGGCUGCCAUCACACACAAUUCAUAGUUCCCAAUUCAUUUUGUUUUUCGUUUUUCUUCUUUCAUCGCAAAUUGUUAAGGUUAAGGCAUUAAAGAUUAAAUGCUAGCCCGCAUAAGUAUAAAAUAGAAUCCCUUGUUCCUGAAGUUAGUUUUACGAAAGGUACAUUUAGUAAUUCUUCUGGUCUCCGCCAGCAUUACAAAUAUAAAGACAGUUUUUGACGAAA